AUGAUCAUCGACUGGGCUUCUCUGGCCACCACUGUCCUUGUGGGCUUCCUAUGUAUCUAUAUCCUCCACCGAAUUGCCAAUGCACGUUUUGCCUCGUAUAAAGAGCGCCUGAACAGGGACCGCAUGAGGGCUGUAGCGGGAUGGCUCAAGGCCAUGGCCUCGAGGGAUCGGCCUCCGAGCAACCAUCGUUGGCGGGCGAUCUUCUCCUGGGAGUCGCCUAAGACUUGUGACAUUUGUGGUAAGAAUAUUUACGUAGCGGGUGAGACGUGGCGACGGAAGGCCUUGGCCGCAAUAUUGAUACCGUCUAGAGCGGAGCGACAGCAGCAGGGUUGUGAGUGUGUUAUAUGCUCACAGGUGGCCCACUUCUACUGUGCUCAUAGACAUGCUCAUAGAGUGCCAUGUCGUUGGGACUUUACAGACUACCCACCUAACCAUCGAUGGCUGAGGGGUAACUUGAUGGUUGAGGGGAUGAACUGCCAGGUUUGCUACAAGCCUUGUGAUUCUGAGGAUGACUACCGCUGUGUCAUGUGCCGACGCUUCGUCCAUGCGGGGAAAUGUCGGGAGAAAAUUGGCCCUGAGUGCGAUCUGGGCCCUCUGGGGUUCGCCUGCCUCAAGCCUGCAUGCUUUGUCGAUAUACCUAAUUCGACGUCUAGGGCGAGGACGCAGAGUGACGUGGAUGGUACGUUGAGCCCAAGAGACUCUACUCAUUGCUCGACACCUCUAGUAGUGGAGCCAGUCGAGCCGGCUACGACCAAAUGGUCCAUCACGAAGUUUAGUUUGGGGCUUUACAAACUACUAGAGACAGCAAGGGGCCGUAGGAAGUCGUCGACUCCGAUGGUGGCGUCGCCGAGCGUGGCCGACCCUCCCGUUGUCACUCCGUCUUUUACUGUCUCCCGAGAGGCGUGUAUUGCCUGUGACACUACUAGUCCUGUACUGUGCUUUAUCAACCCUAGAAGUGGUGGUUUGCAGGGCAGACGGGUUAGGGAUAUGCUCUAUGGUACUUUACACCCUCGACAGGUUGUGGACGUCACCAAAGCUGGACAGCCCCGGGCGGCCCUCCUGUCCUUCAGCUCGAUAGCUGACACUCUGAGAGUCCUAGUAUGUGGUGGUGACGGCACUGUUGGGUGGAUACUUGGUGAACUUGAGGCUGUAUAUGGUGCGGAACAGUUGAGUAAGGUGCCGGUAUCAGUGAUGCCUAUGGGUACUGGUAACGACCUCUCGGCAAUCCUUGGUUGUGGACGCGAGAUGGACCUCUCGGAGGUUUCAAUGCGGACGGCGAUGGCGGCUCGUCCGGAGGGGCGCCUCCAACGGCUAGACCGGUGGAAUGUGAAGUUCGACUACUAUCGUUCCCAUAAUAGGAUCAAACGCUCCUUGUCCGCUCCAAGAUUGUAUGGGGAGUUCGUCGAGGAUGAGGACUACACAGCUGGCCUGGACUCGGCCCUACAGGUCCUCUCGCCCGAGACUGAGGAUAAGGUCGUCAUCAACUAUCUUGACAUUGGUGCGGCGGCGAGGAUUGCUGGGCAGUUCCAUCACCAUCGAGAGACCUUUCCAGAGCUAUUCACUACGAGGUUUGAGAACAAGGUUCGAUACGGCGAACUGGGCUUUGCGGAUUUCCUAGUGGAGGAGCCGGUCUCGUUGAAAGAUGUGUCCUUGCUAUGUGAUGGAGUGCCAGUGCAACUGCCUUGCAAUGGGGAUCUGGCUGAUAUCAUCAUCGUGAACAUCCCUAGCUUUGCAGGAGCGGUAGACCUCUGGGGUUCAACAAGUCCGCAUUCUCGUGGUUAUCGGCGACAGAGGAUCGAUGACGGCAUCAUUGAGGUGGUGGCUGUGAGCUCUCUAUUCCAUCUUGGCAAGGUCCAAGUUGGCCUUUCCUCGCCUUAUGCUGUUUGCCAAGGAAAGGAGAUAACAUUGUCACUGUCGACUGGGGCCCGCUUACCGGCUCAGUUGGAUGGCGAGCCGUACUCUUUGCUCGGCCCUUGUGAGCUCACUGUCUCUCGUAAGGAUGAUGCAUUGAUGGUUGAACGAUGA